AUGACUGAUAGGGCGGCAUCCGUGGAGAAGGAAUUCAAUGCAGCCUCUACAUGGUUAUCAUCCGCUCCAUCUGCCGCAAGUUUACCAAAUGAAAUUAAGCUGGAGCUUUACGGGUUAUUCAAAUACAUCAACACACUAGAUGGACCUAACGGAAGUCGUCCUUCAAUCUUUUCACCCGCUCCUCGAGCCAAGUAUGAUGCUUGGGCCGCUCAGCACACCAAAUACUCUUCCAAAGGAGAUGGGGGGAAGCAGUUGGCUCGACAGCGCUAUAUAGAAAUAGCUUUGCAGAUCGGUUGGUCUGGUAAAACGCCCACCGAGGAGGAGGAGGACGUAGAUCUUGAGAAUCUAGAUGAUGAACCCAUACGGAACAAGAAUUAUGGUCGAGAGGAUAAUCCAAUAGGUGGUGUAAAAGUUAGCGUCAUGUCUGGAGAAAUAGAUGAAGACGAUCAUGAUCAUAGUGACACCCAUCCUCUUCACCUUGCGGUAUCAGACAAUGAAGUGCAACAAGCAGAAUUAUUGUUGAAUCAGGAUAAAACGUUGGUACACCUCAGGGACGAAUUUGGAUAUACCCCACUUCACUUAGCAGCUGAUCGAGGGCACAUCGAAAUGACUAAGCUGCUGCUUCGUUACGGAGCUGAUAGGGAUGCAGAGGACGAAGACUCUCAAACUCCUUUGCAAUUGGCGGAAAUCUCUGGCAGAGACGAGAUUGUAAAACUGCUGAGGCCAGUAUAA